UCUAGUCUGCACCAUGAAGUUCGCAGUGUUUGUUUUUCUUGCAUGUCUGCUCUGUGUAGUCGUGACAGGUCAGCGGGAGUCUAAGGGUCGGUGUCGGUGCCAGGGUAAAGGAGUGAGAUUUGUUCCCCAACAAAAGAUCCAGACGUUGACCAUGUACACACCAGACCAGUCGUGUUCAAACAUAGAGAUCAUUGUCACUCUGAAGGGCAAUGGUGGGAAAAAGUGCAUCGAUCCAGAGUCUGAUAUUGCCAAGAAGUUCAUGGAAAAAGCUCUGGCAAAAAUGAGAGCAAAAAAGGCGGAUCCUACUCUUAUUCCAGAGUUGACUACCAUACAACUUCCCAACAUUACAUCAACGUUUGUCAACAUUACAUCAAACAACACUCUUUUCUAAUCAGAAAAAGA